UCAAGGGGAAACUACUCUAAACCAAAAAUCUAAAACACGUGAAAAUAAAAUGUCAACAAACUCUCUGAAUUACGAAGGAUGCAAUUUCUUGCGACAAAGAUUAAUUCUAGCGACAUUAAGCGGUAGAACUGUUAAGAUAAAGAAAAUAAGGUCCAAAGAGGAUGACCCAGGGCUUAAAGAUUUUGAAGCAAGUUUUAUUAGACUUUUAGAUACAUUGACAAAUGGAUCCAAAAUAGUUGUUAGUGAAACAGGUACUAAUCUUUUAUAUCAGCCAGGAAUUCUAAUUGGUGGAAAUUUCGAACAUGAAUGUAAUCCUCAAAGGUCCAUUGGCUAUUUUCUAGAAGCAAUAAUAGCAUUAGCACCAUUUACUAAGAAACCAAUUAAAGCCAUACUACGAGGUGUUACGAAUGACCAAAUUGAUCCCACUGUAGAUCUGAUUCGGUUAACAACACUGCCAACAUUAAAAAAAUUUCUAGGUACAGACGAAGGAGUUGAUAUCAAGAUCAAUAAACGUGGAGCAGCUCCUGAUGGUGGGGGAGAAGUUCUCUUUACAUGUCCAUGCAGACAGAAAUUACGACCUAUACAAUUCAUAGAUCCUGGAAAAAUAAAACGAAUCAGAGGAAUAGCUUGGGCAGCUCGUGUAUCUCCAGCUGUAACCAAUAGAAUGGUAGAUUCUGCUAGAAGUAUACUGAACAAAUUUUUAACAGACAUAUAUAUUUAUACAGACCAUGUUAAAGGCAGUCAAUCAGGAAAAUCGCCGGGAUUUGGAUUAACGUUGGUAGCAGAAACAACAAAUGGGGCUUUUUUAGGGGCUGAAAGGUCAUCAAGCGCAAGAGGAUCAGGGGAUCAACCAUCUGUUCCUGAGGAUUUAGGGAAAGAAACAGCUAAAAAUUUAUUAGAAGAAAUAUAUAGGGGAGGUUGUGUAGAUUCAACUAAUCAAAGUACAACAGCGUUAUUUAUGGCAUUAGGGCAGCAAGAUGUAUCAAAAAUUUUAAUAGGAGAACUGACACCUUACACAAUUCAAUUUUUACGACAUGUACAAGAUUUUUUUCAACUGAUGUUUAAAGUUGAUCCUGUGCCAGUCACUGAGGAAGAAGAAGAAUUAAAUACAGGAGGAGAGAAAUUAUUAUUAACAUGUGUUGGUGUAGGAUAUUCUAAUGUUAGUAAAGCUAUUUUAUAGUCAAA